AUGUCAAAAAGAGUGGUAAUAACUGGUUUGGGCUGUGUGACACCACUAGGAAGGACGUUAAAUGAAUCAUGGAAGAAUCUACUCUCUUCCAAAAGUGGGCUUACAUCAAUCACAUCUUUACCCAACUACGAAAAGGACUAUAAAGCUAAAAAGAAGAGUAUUCCAUCAACAAUAACCGUGGGGAAGAUCCCGGAGGACCUCCACGAUGAGAACUCAACCAUCCACAAGCUGCUAUUUACGGGCCAAGACGAAAGGAGAACUUCAGGCUUUAUCAAACUAGCAAUACGUACAGCUUACGAAGCUCUCCAUAAUGCUGGUCUUCUAAACCCAAAUGAAAUUACUGUCAACACGUCUCUAUGUAAUUUGGAUAAUUUUGGAUGCUUGAUAGGAUCUGGCAUAGGAUCCAUUCAGGACGUGUACCAGACUUCUUUGCAGUUCCACAACGAAGAUAAAAGGAUUAACCCAUAUUUUGUCCCCAAGAUUCUCACAAAUAUGGCUGCUGGAAAUGUUUCCAUAAAGUUCAAUUUAAGAGGAUUAUCUCACAGCGUUUCUACGGCAUGCGCAACAGGUAAUAAUUCCAUUGGCGAUGCAUUCAAUUUCAUUCGAUUGGGCAUGCAAGAUAUCUGCGUCGCUGGCGCGAGUGAAAUGAGUUUACAUCCGCUCAGUUUAGCAGGGUUCAUCAGGGCGAAAUCAAUUACCAGUGACGGAAUAUCGAGACCAUUUGACACGCAGCGUUCUGGAUUUGUACUUGGCGAAGGAUCCGGAAUGGUUGUCAUGGAAUCCUUAGAACACGCCCAAAAAAGGAAGGCGAACAUAUUAUGUGAACUUGUUGGUUACGGUUUGAGCAGUGAUGCCUACCACAUCACCUCCCCUCCUUCUGAUGGUAAUGGUGCUAAGAGAGCCAUAAAUAUGGCCCUUAAAAUGGCUCGCUUAGAGCCUGCCGACAUUGAUUAUGUCAAUGCUCACGCCACAUCGACUUUGCUAGGAGACAGAGCAGAAUGCUUGGCUGUUACAUCAGCACUCCUGCCAGGAAGACCCAAAGAUAAGCCAUUAUAUAUAUCAAGUAACAAAGGCGCCAUUGGUCAUCUUUUGGGGGCUGCAGGUGCCGUAGAAAGUAUAUUCACGAUCUGCUCCUUGAGAGACAACAAGAUACCGCACACGUUAAAUCUGAAAAAUGCUUUAAAUCUGGAAAGCGGCGAAGCUGACAAACUACAUUUCGUAAAAGAUGAACCUAUAGAAACAUCUAAUUUGAAGCACGCCCUGUGCAACAGUUUUGGUUUUGGAGGAGUUAACACAUCUCUUCUUUUCAAAAAAUGGGAUGAAUUUUGA